AUGGCUUCAACUGAGAAACGUGGCCAUGAACAAUCAGUGAGUGCGGAAUUUCGACGUGUUGAUCGAACAGUCCAAAUUCAGAAUGCCACUGAACGCCUUCGCUCUGAUAUACUUGGUUAUGUUAGUACUCGUCUUGAAGAAUUUUCAUCUGAAAUCAAACAAACAACUGAUCUUGCACAUGCUGAUGAUAUUCUCAGACAACCGGUGAUGUCCGCAUUAGAUUUAGCUGCAAUCAAUAAGAUUGAAACUGAAUCAUCAGUAGAGAAUGUCGAUACUACUAAGAAAAACCGCUCGUCGGCGUUUCCGACGAAAACAUUUCGAAUGCGUUCAUCAAUCUUAACUGAAUUACUUGAAGUUUCACAUAUUCGCUCAAUACGACAAAUCUUUAUUGCCGUUAUUAUCAUUGUUUUCCUACAAGUUGCCAUUUCAGAUCUAUUCGAAUAUGGAACAAUCGAUUUCCGAUUUGAUGUCAUCCGGUGGAAUUUUUCGAAUCUAUCCGCUUGUUUUCAACUUUGGCUAUGUUUAUUUCUUUCAACAUGCAUUAUUGUCUACAAUGCAUUCCAUUUCUGGGCAUACAGACGUCUGUCAUUUAUCUCCACUGUUUCAACGGUAGAAAUACCAACUAAAUCAACCUCGCUCAUUGUUUUCGAUUGGUUCUGGCUUGUAGCAUAUUGCUGUUAUAUUGCAUUAUUCCUAUACUUUCCGGUAUAUUAUAUCUUAGAAGAAAACUAUCCAAUUGUAACACGGGUAUUCAUUCUAAUGGAACAAGUUCGUUUCCUUAUGAAAUCACAUGCAUUCGUACGGGAAAAUACACCGCGUGCGAUUCUCUACGGUCAGAUUUAUUCGAAAGAAGUUACUACUGAAACGAUACUAAAUAACAAACUUGACGAUUCGUUCAAUAGUCAGAAAGCUUUCGCUGUUCCACAUACCCCAUGUCCAGAAUUUUCCAAAUAUCUCUAUUUUCUCUAUGCACCGACAUUGAUCUAUCGAGACUCGUAUCCACGAACAUCAUCCGUCCGAUGGAAAUAUGUUCUGUCUCAACUAGCACAAUUCGUCGCUGCAGCUUUGUUUGGCUACUAUCUGUUCUAUCGAUUUUGCUUACCAGUAUUUCGUCAUUUCAAAUCCGAACAUGUCACUGUCAAGAAAUUCGUCCUCUCAAUUCUCAAUUGCACUUUACCAGGAGCACUUCUCCUAUUUUGCGCUUUCUACGGAUUUCUUCAUUGUUGGCUGAAUGCAUUCGCAGAAAUGCUUCGUUUUGCUGAUCGGCAAUUCUAUAGCGACUGGUGGACAGCGACUUCGUGGAGUAGCUACUAUCGAACCUGGAAUAUUGUCGUCCAUGAUUGGCUUUAUACUUAUGUUUAUCGAGAUUGUCAUAAAUUACUCGGUGUUAAAUACCGUUUGGUGUCAAUGUACACUGUCAUCUUUCUCAGCGCUUGUGUACAUGAAUAUAUUCUUGCAUUAGCAUUCGGUUAUUUCUAUCCGAUUUUAUUUCUACAAUUUGCCAUUCUUGGAUUUAUUUCCAUGUUGAUCCUUCCACAGCGAACACAAAACAAUAUUUUCAAUGUAUUCAUCUGGACAUCUCUAUUCGUUGGGCUUGGUAUGCAAAUGUGCUUAUAUUCAAUUGAAUGGUAUGCUCGACAAAAUUGUCCUCGAGCAGUCAACGGUCCAUUGGAUUAUUUUGUACCUCGAUCGUUUUUCUGUCGAGAUGGUAAUGAUACGAUGACGAUAAACACAGAAUCUUCCUCGAUCCAUAGUCAUGUGGAUGUCUAA